AUUGUCAACGGAAUUUACCGUUACUACUGACUAUGUGUACUACCGGAAGAAUAAAAGCACAGAUAGUAAGUGUGUAACUACGCUGGCGUACGGCGUUGACAUUUUUUUUGGUGAAUGAAUAUGUUUAUCGAACCAGUUACGUAAAAAUCUGUAUCUAAUUAUAAAGUUCAAUAGAGAAUUAGUCAUUUUUGAAGUAGCGAUAAGUUUGCAGGAGUUGUCGAGUGUUUGAACUAAUCUCGAAACGUGCGUUUACCAUCUCGAAAUCAAGCGGCACAUUACAUGGCGUCCUAUGAGAUUCGUAUACGAUUUGCUUUCUAUACAGUUGGUGUUUAGUUAUCGGACACGGAAUGCGAAUGGCUGAAGAGAAGGAAAUAGAGAAAUAGAAAAAAAGAAGAAGAGAACGAUCGAAUACAUAUAUCUGUAGGUAAAAGUGGAAGCAAGGUACAGAUAAAUUACUCGUUCUUCCGUAACUAAACGGCGGGGGCUUGUUGCGUUUACGUGGGGGCGAAUACAGCUAAGAAAAAGGGCGUGGAAAGAUUAAACGAGUUAAUAGGCAGAACGUAUACACGUACGCUAAAGACACUAUGGGUAAGACGCCAAAGAAGGCGGCCCCUGGGGGCGAUGAGAGGAAUUUGAACAAUUGGAGAGUCAAGGCAACGACCGAUUCUUCUGAAACUAGCUUGCCCAAGAGACAGCGCGAAUCCGAGAUUUCGAACAGAUCUAAAUUGAGUACUGUACAGAAAAAAAUACCUCCCGGUCAAAGAAAAUACUUCAAAAGUGUAGCAUCAAAAUCUGAGGAGAAUCAGUCUACAAAACAGAAAAGCAAACUGCCUGGCCCAUCCAAAGAAAAGAAACUAACUGUUCCUGGUAAAAGCGUGGAAUUGAAGGUCCCAAAAACCAUGCAACCAGAAUCAGAGGAAACAGAGGCAAAGCUUAAUCCAACCGUAGAAACGGAAAACGAGAAGAAAGAGGAUUCUGUGGAUAAUCAAGAAUCUGCCAAAGAGUGUGUUGAUCAGGUUCCUUCAAAGGAACAAGAGCCUGUUUCUAAGGAAAAAGAAGAAGACUCGACGGAUAAGGAAACUAUCGUUGAGAAAGAGCAGACGGUAUGCGUUAACGCAAACAAUGUAGACAAAAGUAAAGAAGUCGAGGAUGCCGACGAGAGCGAUUUAAAAUUGAGCCUCGAGGUCGAGGAUACUUUAAAAGUACAGGAAGAGAAGCCAAACGAUAAAGAUGUAAAAGACGAGCACACAGAAGAAUGUUCUCUACCGUCGAAGAACGACGCGAUUGAUAAAGAAGACUUGCAGAGCGAAUCUCAAACAGACACAGAGAGUUAUUCGGUUUUAGAAUCAACGACAUCGGAAGUAUCCGAAGUGUCUGAAAUCGCGUCUCAAAAUGAUGCUCAGAAAGAGAAGACGGAGAAAAUCGUUAAGGAUGCAACUAAGGAUACCACCAAGGAUCUUACCAAGGAUCACGCCAAGGAUACUUCGUUCGUUUCGUACGAUCCUUCGAUAAUGCUGAAGGAUGUACAAAUUAAACUAAACGAUUGCUUAAAGGAGAAUUCAAAAUUAUUUGAUACCAGUACCAUUGAGCACAGUUCGCCGAGUCAGCCGUCGAAGGAGUCUUUUGGAAAAACACUGAGAAGCAUUUCUGGUAGACGUUCCUUGAACAGAAUGCGUUUCGUUACCAUGCGAGAGCACAGAUACUCCCCUAAUGAUUCACUGUUUGUGAACACGUCCACCGCGUCCAUGCCAGCGGAUGAUACGUCGGAUUUUAAGAUUCUACGUUACAACACUGGCUUAUCAGAUGUGCUGUCCACGACUAACGGUAGCCCGACUGAAAGAAAACGCAAACACGAUACAGAAGAUUGGAAUACCAUGAAGAAACAGAGAACAGAAAGCGAGCAAAGUUUACUGCAUACUUCUAUCGACCUUCUGAAAGGCUUACGCAGGCCGAUACAAGUCUCUACUCCAGUCUCGGAGCUGAAGUUCCAGUCUGGAAAACUGAAUCUGGGAAACGAGCAAGAGUCUAAGCAACCCAACGAGGCUACGAAGAAGUGGUGCGCCAUCAUGUAAAUCACUAUCGAAUCACACGAUUUUCAUCUACAAAACAGAGUUCUUAUAUAUUUUUGCACACGAGGAAAACCGUUCGUGUGAUAUCACGCGCUCCAACGAACGAAAACCUAAGUAAAAUGCGUUCUUUUAAACUACUGGAUGGUAUUCGUUAAUGCGGGUCUCUGUUUCGUUGGAUUUUCGGGAACGUAUCAUCGGCAUUCGUAACAUUUCUCAACAUAUUUCUAUUCUUAUACGACACAUACCGUGCAAUUUCAUACUACACAGAGGCUCACGAAAAUAAGCAUUGUACUCUUUGAUCGUUCAAAGUUUUUAAACUCUUGACUAUGCCUAGAAUAUUAUACACUGUAUCUGAUAGUUGUCAGUAGCGAUUGAGUUUAUUUUAUACGAAAUGUAAUUAUAGAGAGAGCGUAACGACGAUAGAAACCACUUUGUUUAAUCGAUAAGGUACACGUUUCAUUCAAUCACUCGCUAGAGUUUAUGCUUAGCUGUUUGAUCGUUUAAUCGACGGGCUAUGCUUUUCAAAUAUUCUAGUAAUCAGUUCAAAUUACCGAGUUCGAGAACAAAUUACUUUUACUUUUUAAUUUAUAUCGUUUGCAUUUGUCUGGAAUACGUUGCAAGGAGGAAUACUUCUGAUAUUUAUAAGGUACCUAUGUUAUUUUCUUGCUGAUGCAACGUAAGCCUUAGUCCUUUAGUAUAUUUUUACAGUAGAUUAUAAAUUUAUGUUUCAGUAUACUUAGACAAAUCAGAAUUACGAGGGUAUUGUUAAAGAUGAUGUUUACCCUAUGCGCUUGUUUGCCAAGACAUCUUUUAUGUUGAAAAGCAUUUAAUACCGCCAGAGAAGUAACUCUUGUAUAUUGUUAAAUUAUACACAACAAUUACUGUCAACA